AUUAAUUAUUUAAUUGCAAUUACGUUUGCGUGAGACAGUUGAAAAUAAGAUUAAGACCACCACCAACAACAAAUUCUAGGUUGAAUCUUGUUACCAAUUCCUAUUGCAUUUGCAAUUCAGCCAUGGCACUGCAAUUGCAUUUGCAAACCAACACCAAAAACGCCGCCGCUGUGCUGCACCCGAGAUCAUCAUCCUCAUCGACCUGCUUCACUAACAAUCUCGUAAGAGUGAAUCAGAGCAGGAGAAUCGGAUGGUCAGGAGUUGCGUAUUGCAGUGGGAACGCCAAUGGAAGUGAAAAUAGUAAGAGUAGUAAAAAAGGAGUUCCCAAUUCCAACUAUGUGGUGCCGCUCAACAAGUCCUUCUCUCCCUCCAAUUCUUCCUGUAUCACUCGUCCGCUCGCUGAAAUUCUACGAGAUCUCAAUAAGAGGAUCCCUGAUAACGUCAUCAAUCCUCUUGAUAAAUCCAUUCCUUGGUAUCAUGCCAACAGGAUGAUGAGUUUCUAUGCGCCUGGAUGGUGUGGAGAAGUGCGAGAUGUAAUCUUUUCUGACAAUGGGAAUGUCACUGUUGUCUACCGACUCACUAUAAGAGGAUCUGAUGGAGAGGCACACCGUGAGUCAACUGGGACAGUGUCAUCAAGUGACAGUGACAUUGUAGACCCAGUUGCUUCAGCAGAGGAAAUAGCUUUCUGCAGAGCGUGUGCUCGGUUUGGUCUUGGCUUGUAUCUCUAUCAUGAAGAAUAGAUGCUGUAGACAAUAUGAGGAGGUUGACUUGCUCAAAAUAUAUCUAGUUGUUUGUUUACUUUGUUGAGAAAUUUCUCCACGAUGUAUAUGUAGUUGCUUGUGUACUUUGAUUAGAAAUUUAUCGACGAGAUAUAACUAGUUACUUGUUUACUUUGUUGAGAAGUCAAAGUCAUAAUCAAUAUAUACAUUUUCCAGUUGGUGUAAAUAUUUGAAGUAUUCACAGCUUUAUCAAGUUUGGUUUGUGGAAUUGAGGAAA